AUGCAGAAACUCAAGCCAGAACAGCAAAAAGGGCACGCGUGGAGACGUUUCAAGUUUGCAGCACUCUGGGCGCCCGCGACCAGUGAAAACUGCAGUCCAGCGGUGGCAUCUCCUAUUGAGUGCUGCCUGAUUCGGAAAAGGCAUGUGGGUCGCUGA